AUGCCGUUCCCACCCCCUCCACCACCACCUGGACCACCUCCACCACCUGUUUUUGGAGGCGGAACACCAAAACUUGCUGGUGAUGAAAGUAGGAAUCAACUGCUGCAGUCAAUUCGGAAGGGCACAACUCUAAAAAAAACUGUUACCUGUGAUCGAAGUGCUCCAAUAAUCUCAGGGAAAGUCAAAGGUUCAGACAGUAGUAGCGUUAAUGGAAGCACUAACUUCAGCAGCAGUAGCAGCACUAGAUUCAACAGCAGCAGCACAGAUUUCCCAAAAAACAAUGGCGUCGGUGGUCUUUUCAAGGGAGAAAUGCCAAAACUGCGACCAACUGGGAGACUAGGAGACACAGGCAGUGCAUUACAAAACAUGACUCAGUCAAGACAUUCUCCACCUGCCAGCAAUGCUAGACAGGAUUCCGACAGGCGUCCAUAUCCCUAUGACAUUAAAAACAGGAGUCCACCGCCACAACCUCCACCUCCAUCUCAGAAGCCGUCAAUGCCAACACAUAAAAGUAUUAUUGAUACAUGA